GGAGCGCACACGUCGCUCUCUCCAGCACUGCGGUAAGCGCGGGGAAGGCGGCAGCACCGGGGGACCCGACGGCCACAGUCCACUUGUUCGUGCGCUAAAUCCGCCCGGUGGCGAGCGCGUCUCCGUGCCUGCUCCUCCACACAGGAGGACUUUACCUGAGGGGACAUACAGCGGCCAUCCGACAACCACAAAGGCACAACUUUUGGCUAUCGCUCCGUGAUUUUACCACUUCUCCGUAACCUUGGAAGUCAGACGGGUUUAUUGUGAGUGAGGAUGGGACCGCUACUCCUUGCCGUGCUCGUCCUGUGCGUGAGCGCCGCUGUCCCACAGCUCGUGAAAGCAGCAACAGAUGGUGAAGAACCAACUUCAGGAGGCCCUUGCCAUCCCAACCCUUGUCACAACAGAGGAACAUGUGAGAUCAGUGAGACGUACAGGGGCGAUACCUUCACUGGUUAUGCCUGUAAGUGUCCACCAGGCUUCAUCGGCGUCCACUGCCAGCACAAUAUUAAUGAAUGUGAAAGGGACCCAUGCAAGAACGGAGGCAUUUGCACAGAUCUGGUUGCCAACUAUUCCUGUGAAUGCCCAGGAGAGUACAUGGGGAGGAACUGUCAAUACAAAUGUUCUGGACCACUGGGCAUGGAGGGCGGUAUAAUCUCCAACCAACAGAUAACAGCCUCUUCCACCCACCGUGCACUGUUUGGCUUGCAGAAGUGGUACCCAUACUUCGCACGCCUCAACAAGAAAGGCCUGGUCAAUGCCUGGACUGCUGCCGAAAAUGACAGAUGGCCGUGGAUCCAGAUAAAUCUGCUGAGACGAAUGAGGGUCACAGGCCUAAUUACCCAGGGUGCAAAGCGUAUUGGCAGCCCGGAAUAUGUCAAGUCUUAUAAAGUUGCCUGCAGUGACGACGGGAAGACCUGGAAAACGUACAAAGUCAAACGCAAGGAUGAGGAUAUGAUUUUCAGAGGAAAUGUCGAUAAUAAUGCUCCGUCAGCCAACUCUUUCACCCCACCUAUUGAAGCCCAGUAUGUGCGCAUUUACCCUCAAGUCUGCAGAAGGCACUGCACCUUACGCAUGGAGCUGCUCGGAUGUGAACUUACAGGCUGUUCUGAACCACUGGGAAUGAAGUCGGGUCAUAUCCAGGACUACCAGGUCACAGCCUCCAGCAUCUUCAGGACGCUCAACAUGGACAUGUUUACUUGGGAGCCUGGGAAGGCCCGGUUGGACAAGCAAGGCAAGGUCAAUGCUUGGACAGCUGGACGCAGUGACCAGUCACAGUGGCUACAGGUGGACUUACUUGUCCCGACGAAGAUCACAGGCAUCAUUACUCAAGGAGCUAAAGACUUUGGCCAUGUUCAGUUUGUUGGCUCAUAUAAGUUGGCUUACAGUAAUGAUGGAGAGCGGUGGAACACGUAUCAAGAUCAGAAGCAGGGGAAAGACAAGGUCUUUCAAGGGAACUUUGACAACGACACUCACAGAAAGAAUGUGAUCGAUCCGCCCAUCUAUGCUCGACUUAUCCGAAUCCUUCCCUGGUCGUGGUACGGCAGGAUCACUUUACGUGUCGUACUUGGAUGCACAGAGGAAGAGUGAUUAUGUCCCUCCAUUCUCAGCCACCUUUCCCCGUUGUUUGAAAUACUGGUGUAUCCCACACAGUAUUUUCAGUAUAAACUGUGCAACCUGUAAAAAAGGAAUCUAUUCCCAAUGGAUUUUUCAAGAAUAAGUGGUUGUGGUGGGUUGCUAUUUUAGUUUUUCUUUUGUAAAUUGAUUUAAACCUGCCCCCAUUUCAUUUUGUCCUUUAGUUUCUUCUCUAAAGUGUGUUUUUUGUCUUUAAACCUCAGAUUUACCAUCCUGUUUGCAAUGAACUUAUGUAAUAUAUGGGAGGGUCGGUGUGGGAAUGUCGGAAAAGGGGAACUCACUGUGGUUUUGAUUCAUUGUCAUGGAAGCUGUUGUACACUGUCACUUUUUAACGUGUGAAAUCGUUCUGCGGUGCUUCAUUGGACCACAAUUAACCGACUGCAUAACUGAACUGUCCAAAAUACCACGUAGAGAUAUAGAUUUUACUUUGCCACGUCCUCCAGCCAUGCAUUUACCCUACACAAGGCAUUACUCCAUCAAUCAAAGCGCUAUUAAUGCUCUUGUAUCAUAUGUAAAACACUAAGAAAUUGCAUGGUAUGUGACAUAAAUGUAUAUUAUGACAAGUCGUUUAGACCCUCCAGCACUGAGAGCAAAUGGCUUUGAUUUAGGGACCUAUUUAAUGUGCAUUUUUAAGUAGUUCUGAAACACUACAACAAACUGCAAAAGCGUGCAGAAAAUGGCUGACAUGGGGACAGUAAACAAAUACUGAGGUAAAAAUGUACCUGCGGCACCGCCACUAAAACUUACAGGCUGCUACCAGUAGAAAUGUCUCAAUGCUCUCAACAGAACUCAGCGUUUUUUUAAAAAUUUGCAUCUAUUUAAUCUCCACGGUAAUACUUUUCUAAGACUUAUUGUUUGUGCUUGUUUGUAUUUAUUUAGAUUUAUUUGUGUCAGCUGUCAGUUUCAUCAAUAAACAGUGUUUAAUGUCAAAUUGUCUUGGAGAUUUAAGUUGAAUCAAUUAAAAAGCUCAGGAUAGAUGUUCAUAUUAACCUACAAGUUUAUAAUGUUUGGCCAUAUAUUUAACAUUUUUGUUCUUACUUAAGGAAAAUGGAAUAUGUAAAGUGUUUGAAUCCAUUUCCAUACAUGAAUAAUUGAAAUAAUGGAAACACUUUGCUUUCUUAAAUCCCUUUGAUGUAAAUGUCUUGACUUUAAAAAAGGAGAAUAAAAACACUGCACAGCUCUAAAUUAAAUAUGAACAGUGUGUUUUUACAGGGGUGGAUUUUUUUCUGUCACUCUGGACAUCAAAUCGUAUAGAAAUGAAGUGUUUAACAAAGAAUUUUAGCUAAAUAUUAACCUUCUUAUCCUGAUGAUGUUAAAGCAUUCUUGCACAGCCAUGACAUAAAUAAACCUGUGUUUGAUGCUGAAAUAAAUGUAAGUCAACAUGUUCCUGAGGUAUCACAAGAGCAUCAAACCAUACAGCCUUGUGCUACACCUUAAAACUAGGUCGGGAUUACUCUAGUGGGUUUGCACUCUCCAAUUUAAAGCUAGUCAAGAGCGAAAUAAUAAGAGCCGAAGAAUAAGAGCUGCAGUGAAAGCUGUUGACUUUUAUACUCCACGUGUCAUUUUAAGACUUGUGCUUUCAGUCACUUAACGAACAAGUCAUUUCAUAUUGUUGGAGCUAAACGAACUCUAAGACCGAAGCACAGAGUAAAAAAAAAACAAAAGAAAUGCACAAGACAACCGCUGUUUAAUUGACUGCACCACAGCUUUUUGGUUUCCCCGCAUUGAGAGAAAAUCCAAGAAUCCCGCUGUCAUUGUCAGGUUAUAAAUGAAUAGACACUUUUUUGGACUUUAGUCAAUAUCCAAAAGAUGAAACACAUGAAGUUUUUCACUUUGUAUCACGAAAUCGUGUAAGAUGGGUGUUGGUGUUUUUCAGAACAACAUGGCUUGGGUGGGUAAGAACAUACUAAUAUAUUUCUAAAGUGAUUUGAUGAACUUAUGGAUAAGGUACUCGUUUUAUGUGUCAACUUAAUCUGUACUUUAAUGUAAGGUGCACUGAAAGACUUUGCUGUAGAUUAUCAGUAUAUAAAAACUGUUAUUGGUGUAAAUCAGUGAGUUGUUUUUUUAUGUACAUGGGUACACAAUCAGUGAACUUUUUUCUCAAAGAUUUUUCUAUUUUAACUUUUAAAUUGUUUAUUCCAGCUUUAUUGGUCUUCUGCUCUUGCAGUAAGUUGCCUGGAGCACUCCCACAGAGCAGGACUGUUCCUCCGACAGUAUAGGAAAGACGUCCAUGGGCACAUUUUUGUUCUUGCAUAUCAGAUUUAACAGCUUUUAUUUGUACUCAUUGUUAACUGUCUUUGAGCAUUGUUAACCUUCAUGUUGUCGGUUAAAAUGCAAAGCAAACAUUUCCUGUAACUAUUUCUGCACUGGCUGUUCACAUAAUAUUAUGUUCUUGCCUCCUCCGUCUGAGCGUCACUAUCUGUGAGUUGGUUAGUUUCAAGCCUGCAGAGGAGAGAGAGAAACUGUACAGUCAAAAAAA